GCCCUUGCCUUACUUCCCUGAUCUCUCCCACGGAUGGAAAUACAUAUUUCAGUUCUUCCAAUCCAAGAAUCAUAAGGCUAUUCAAGCAAUGGAGGCCGACAACCUCCGUACAGCGUCGCUGUACAUCAAUAACCAGCUUCUGUCGCGAGGACUGCUGCGAAAUGGGCAGAGCAUUGAGUUUGCGCGACCGGAUAAGGGCGAAGGAGGGCUAGAGGCUACGAUGGGAAAGAUCAUGAGCGUGGUCAAUGAUUUGAUUUUACGAAGAGAUCGCGAUGCCACACAACGCGAAACUCUUACAACGACGAUUCGCACAUUACGCGCCGAUUCUCUGCGACAAACUACUGAUCUUGAGCGGUUGCAAGGCAAGUACGUUGAGGCGCAACGGAAGUUGGGGCUGGCCGAGGCGACGGAGCGCGCCAUGAAGCUCCAGAUGAAGAGCGCAGAACAAGCACAAAGGGGGCUGAAAGAGGAAAUGGGCCGAAUGAAGCUUUUGGUUCAACAAACGCGGAAUCAAUGUGCGGUGGAAGUCAGAAAGAGGGAACGCGUAGUGGAAGGGCUGAAGAAGCAUGUUGGUGAUGGGCGAGUCAGAGGUGGUGGGAAAACAGUCGGCGUCAGGGAAAUCAAUGUCGUUGCCGGUGUUGGAGCUGAACAGCAACAAGGGAGCGCAAUGGGUGUAAAUGACGAGAGAUAUGACUUGAGAAGCGAAACAAACGAGUUUUUGACUGAAUUGGCGAGGGGGCUCAGCGAGGAGAACGAGAACAUGACCGCCCUGGUGAGGCGGACAGUGGACACCCUGAGAUCGUUGAGUGGCUGUGAGAAGGAGGGUGAGAUCCACCAAGAAGGAGGGAUGGUUGUGCCUAUCGAGAUGGGAUAUGAAAACUUGACCCAGGAGAUGGAUGCUGUGAUUGAGCAUCUGAGGAAUCUCCUUACGAACCCGAGCUUCGUGCCGUUAGAGGAAGUGGAAGUCCGCGAAGAAGAAAUUAUUCGCCUAAGGGAAGGCUGGGAAAGAAUGGAGAGCAGAUGGCGAGAAGCUGUGCAAAUGAUGGAUGGCUGGAGAAAGCGGAUGGCGAGAAGUGGGCAAACGGUCAACCUGGAGGAAUUGAAGAUGGGAUUAAUGCUAAGCCCUCUAAAGCCCAAAGAGGAAGAAAAUUACAACGCCCACCAACUUUCGACACUCAUGGAAGAAGGGGAAGGGGAUACACAGGCAGAUAUUGAUGCAAUGGAAGAUGCAGAACCGAUGGAACCAAACUUCGAUGAUAUGGACGAAUCCGAUCUCUCCAGUCUCUUCGAGGAUGAGCCAGUAGAAGAAAUGGAAGAGGCGUCUUUGGAGCAGGAAGAACAGAAUUGGACUGUGCAUUCUGUGUCCACCACAUCAAUGGGGCCUGCACCUCAAUUGUCUCCUCUUCGAGAAACGAGCGGCAAUCGGCCCUCAGCGCCGAAUCUUCCACGAACUGAGAAGGAUGGUUUCACAACAAUUGUAGAGGAGAAUACAUAUGAUCUUCUCCAGCUGGAUGAGCUGUCUUCGGCGAAGCACAAAUCCACACCUCGGCCCCAACGCAGAAAUGACUCGGCCGGCAAGUUGUCAACGCCCCCAGAAGACGAGAUCUCCCUCCUCAAGACAUCAGAAGCGAGUCAAGCACAACAAUCAAGAUCAUCGUCCACAUCACCACGAAAACCAUCUCGGCCGACACUAAAACCUGCUUCAACUCCACGCCUACGAACAGAUAAUUCGAGUAGGCUUCCUCGGCCCAGAGAAAACGUAAUGCCGCAACAGAGUCCAUUAACAAUGGCCAGUAUAGCUGCCAAACUUGCAGCUAGCGAACGAGAGGCCGAUGCUGCGAGAGUGAGAGCUAAGAUCAAGGCUGCCAGGAUGAACAGGACAGCUGCUCCUGCUCAAGCAAGUUCUGAUCCAAAACCAAUGCCCCCGCCACCUCGGAAAGUAGGAGUGGAAGAGGAACCUGUCAAGAGAGCGGCUACAACUAGCACUGCAGACACCGAGGCAAUUAGAGAGGAUGGAGACAAUGAUGGUAGAAGCAGGAAGCGAAAGGCCACAGGGCGGAAUCAAGGUGGUCGAGCGAGUCGGAGGAGAAGUACGUUGAGUCCGUGGGAAUUAGAGAGCUUGAUAUUAGGCCAGGUAGGACAGGCUUCGCCUGCGAAAGGAGAGAGUUAGUGUUUCUUGCUCUGGCUACGAGUUCCUGCGGGUUCAGAACCCUAGGCAACACGACCACGGCCUUGAGAUCUGAUAACAGCUCCCGCGGUUGAGGAAACCCAGGCAGCACAGUAUCAGUCGCUGGGAAAUUAGAGUACUCCGGUUUGUAGUAAGUGGUUGUACAUGGGUUGAUGGCGUUUGGGCUGGAUUGGGAUAUUCAUUGGAUUUUAUGAGUUGAUGAGAGUAAUGAGUUGUAUAGAUUCUUGUCUAAUAUGAUAUCUUAUCACAUUACC